UAAUGAAGGUGGGUCUAUAAAUUUUCAAAAACAAAUUUAGAGCAGUACCACAUUCGAUUUCUAUGUUUCACAUGUGCUCUGUGGGAUCAUAUCGGGUCGCAUCAGGUGAGGAGCGCUGCUGCUGCUCUUCUUUUAGAACGCCGAGAAAGUGAAGUAAGAGAGGGAGACGAGCGUUUGUGGCACUUCUUAACCUUUACUCUCAGAGAUGCUGAGUGCCCCACCAACACUGCCCCUCUCUCCUCUUCCCCUCUCAUCCCCCGACACCAUUACAUUCUUAUCUUCAUAUUCAUCCACCUGCAAUAGAUUGGCUACCGCUGCUGUGCGAGCAGCGGCGGGAGAUGGAGGGGACUCUUCUUCUUUGCCGAAAGGCUCCGGGACGACAGCUCGUGGGCGCCGCCUGUUAAAAGUGAGAGAGGAGAAGAGGAGGAGGGAGCACGAUAGGAUACACGAUUACCCAGCAUGGGCUAAGGUCCUCGAGGAUGCAUGCAAAGAUGACACGGAACUCAGAGCAGUGCUUGGAGAUAGCAUUGGAAAUCCGGAGCAGAUUAGGAAAAAGGUUGAAGAACGGGUAAGAAAGAAAGGUAGAGAUUUCCACAAGUCCAAAACUGGCUCUGUUGUUGCUUUCAAAGUCAGCUUUAGAGACUUUAAUCCUACUGAUUCCUACAUAUGGAUUGAACUUUAUGGUUCUCCAUCAGACCGUGAGGUCGACCUAAUUGGCAGUGUUUUUCAGUCUUGGUAUGUCAUGGGACGUUUGGGAGCCUUCAAUUCUUCCAAUCUCCAGGUGUCAAAUGCAUCUAUGGAUUAUAAUCCUUUGUAUGACUCCGAUAAAGGUGCCAAUGCAUUGCCAUCAUCGUUUCAUGAUAUUAGUGAUGUUGAAUUUCAGGACAAUUGGGGCCGAGUAUGGGUAGACCUUGGAACAUGUGAUUUCUUUGCUAUGGAUGUUUUGCUCAACUGCUUAACUGUAUUGAGCUCGGAAUAUCUAGGGAUUCAGCAGGUUGUUUUUGGUGGGCGGCGCUUGGGUGACUGGGAGGAAGGGAUGACGAGUUUGGAAUAUGGAUACAAGUGUUUUAAGAUCUGAUGUGAAGUUUGCUGUGGAUUCUCUACCUUAUUGGCUUCCAGCCCAAGCUGCGAGCCAAAGGGAAACCUUCAUUUUUCAUGAAAUGUGUGCCCAAGGGAAACCUUCACUUCUUCCAAGGGAAAUUAUCCCAUUUGAAAUACUGUUCUACCAAACGGCUGAUUGUUAUUAAACAUUGGCAAUGUGGCAAAGAGAUGUACCAGCAGCUAGGAAUCCGGCUUGGGCUCGAGUGGUUAGCAGUUGAUGCUAACAACACUACAUCUCAAAGUUCGAUUACUACUGCCGAGUUACCCCCCUACCACCAAAAUAAUGGAGUUCGAUUCCUACUGCCGAGUUACCCCCCUACCCCCAAAAUAAUGGCAUGUAUUCGCAGCUGAUUGGCAUCAAAUAUUGGUGAUGUGGGGAGGAAGGAAACAUGUAUUAGUUUUUCUCAUUUUGUCUAUUACCUGCCCUCGAGCUUCAAGUGGGUUUCCAUGUACCUAAAGUGUAUAAACCUUUAGUUAUAAAAAGAAGUAAUGCAAGCAUGGAGUUAGAAAA